GCUACUCAAGUCGGAGAAGAUUUGUUUCCAGUGCACUCAAGUAGAAAUAAUAUGGCAGAAAAUGAGGUCGCCACUGCAGUUAAAAGAGAGGCCCCUGUGGAGGAACGGCAGACUGGCCUUAAUCUUCUGGCAAAAGUAAAGGCAGUGAAACUGAUUAGAAGCGGAAACUCUUCGGACUGGAUUUUCACUGUGUGGGACCUCAGAAAUAGGGACCUGUUCAGUGUUUACAAUGUAUUGGAUGACUGGGCUUGGUGCUGUUGUAACUGCGUCUAUGGGCCUGGAAGUGCACCUUUCAUGGCGUACAUGAAGCAAAGCAAUAAUGUCGAUGGUGUUCUCCUGAUGAGCUUCGAACGCCCUCUGCGUCUUCAGAGCGGUCUUAAAGGACUUUUCUGCUGUUGCCUGGGACAGGUGUACACAAUGGCAGGCACUCUAGUGGGGGAGAUUAUAUGUGAAGGAACGUACCGUAGCGACAUUGGAAAGUGUAUGAGCGUCUCAUUUCCCAUCGACCUGGACGUCCUCAUCAAGGGAUCUGUCAUCGGUUGUGCAGUUUUAGUCGCAUUCAUGUUUCGCCAGGAGGGUUGUACGGAUAACUGUUGUACGGUGCUGCGUUGUUUACCCCGUGGAAGGUAAAGAUAGCUCAAUUAGAAGUCAUCAUCGUGGGAAUCGGCCACCACUGUAUAGGAUUACAGCCUGUGUGAUACUGAGAGACAAACAUGGACAAAGUUUCUACUCAACUUGUGCAGAGCGAGUGAUAAAAGUAUCUGUCAAUCCA